GUUUACUACUGCAGAAAGCAGUGGGUGGGGCUGGUAUAGCACAGUCACGUGACCACUUAACUGCGGUAUUCAUGGCUGAAAGGAAAAAAUCGAAAAGAAUUUUUAUAUUAAUAUUGUUCCUGACUUUACUGAGCAUAUUUUCUCUCCUGUACGUAUAUAGCGGCAAAUCAUUCACUAAAAUCCUCCAGUCUUCACCAGGACCGACAGAAACCAACGGGAAUGGCGAGUUAACAAGGAAACUACCUAGCUCCAUCAUCAUUGGCGUUAAAAAAGGAGGUACUAAAGCAAUAAUAUCAAUGCUAGACUCACACCCCCACAUAACAGCAGCUAAGGGCGAGGUGCAUUAUUUCGAUAGGGACUUUAAUUAUGAGCUUGGAAAAGAUUGGUACCUGCAACGUAUGCCACUUACAAGCAAAGACAGUCUUUGCAUUGAAAAAUCUCCAAGUUAUUUUGUCGUCCCUUCCGUCCCCGAGCGGAUUUUGAAGCUGAAAAGUGACGUCAAGUUGCUAUUAGUGGUACGAGACCCAGUGACAAGGACAAUAUCAGACUAUACACAGCUUGAUGCCAAGAAAGCAGUGAAGAGUCUUCCCAGACCGUCUUUUGAUGAAUUUGUAAUGACAGGAGAUGGGGAAAUAAAAGUGUCCCGUAAUGUAAUAAAGGUGAGCUUGUACGACGUGCAUUUCAAAAGGUGGUUGAAGAGCUUUCCAAUUGAUAGUAUUUUAGUGGUGAAUGGAGAUGAGCUCGCAUCCAAUCCUUACUCUGUGUUGGUGAAGGUUGAGGAGUUUCUGAAAGUACCCAAAUACUUUGAAAAAGAAAUGUUUUACUACAACAAAACUAAAGGUUUUUACUGCUGGACGGGCAGUAAUAAUUCUACCAAUUGUCUUGGGAGUUCUAAAGGACGCAAGCAUCCUGAAGUUUCGGAGGAAACUCUUAAUAAACUCAGAAGCUAUUUCCGACCUCAUAUAAAAUCAUUCUGCUCAAUGGCCAAUGUAUCUUUUAACUGGUGCAAUCUAUAAUAAAAGCCCAUUUCUACCUCUCUCCCUGUAUCAUUCAUUUGUAUCCAUUCAAUCAUUUUAUAAGUUAUUUUAUUACUUGUACUAACUUUCACUUUCUUGUAUAUACAAAUAAAGUUUAAAAAA